AUAUAAUGGAGGAAACAAGAUUGGCGUUAACGUUUACUUGGUGUGGAAGACAAAUAUCUACGAUUACAUAGCCACAAUAAUAAUCGAAUGGUGAAAUAACAAUGGCGAGAGGUGUCUGACCGGUUUUAUAUUGUACUACACGAUAGUAACAAACAGUUAUAUUAUAAUAUAUGAACUAAUGAAUGAAAUCUAAUAUAAGUUCAAAGUGCAAAAUCAAGGCUAGCCUACUCUACCGCAGUGUAAAGUCUAAACUCUAAAUAUAAUCAUAAUUUACGUAUUGAUACCAUUAUACAUAUUACUUUCACCAAAGGAUAACAAUUUUGAAAGUGUCACAAAGCAAUAGAAAAUGGAAGUGUCAGAGAUACUACUGACAAUCUUGGAAAGUGUUGUUUUCAUAGUUAAGUCUCUCUACUUUGUAUUGGAAGCAAUUGUACUGAAGUUUGUGCCAGUUUCCUACAGGGCUAAGGAUGUAUCUGGAGAGACUGUAUUGGUAACAGGAGCAGGCAGCGGGCUGGGCAGGUUGAUGUCCAUACGAUUUGCCAAGCUGGGAUGUAGAUUAGUUUUGUGGGACAUUAACAAGGCAGGCUUGGAUGAGACCGCCAAUGCAGUGAAGCAACAUGGAGCCAUCUCGUAUACUUAUGUUUGUGACCUCAGUAGCCGAGAUGAUAUAUACACGGCAGCUGACAAGGUCAAGCAGGAAGUGGGGAGUGUGGAUAUCCUCGUCAAUAAUGCUGGUAUUGUAACUGGCAAAAAGUUCUUGGACUGCCCAGAUAGCCUUAUCCAGAAAACAAUGGAAGUCAACACAUCAGCACAUUUUUGGACCUGCAAAGCAUUCCUUCCUGCCAUGCUGGACAAGAACCAUGGACACAUUGUCAAUGUAGCAAGUUCAGCUGGGUUAGUAGGGGUAAAUGGUCUUGCUGAUUAUUGCGCCAGUAAGUUUGCUGCUGUUGGGUUUGACGAGUCGUUACGUUAUGAGUUCAUUGCUCAGGGAAAGACAGGGGUUCAUACCACGGUUGUUUGCCCGUAUUACAUCAACACCGGCAUGUUCACCGGUGUUAAGACAAAAUUCCCCAGGAUUCUUCCGAUUGUUGAACCAGAAGAUGCGGUGGACAGAAUCAUGAACGCAGUACUGGUGAACCAACAUAUUGUCAUGAUCCCAGGCAUACUUUAUCUAUUCAUGGCAUUAAAGGGGCUAAUUCCAACUAAAGCGGGUCUUUUGUUUGCUGAGCAUUUUGGCAUCAACAACUGUAUGGAUGACUUCACUGGAAGACAAAAGCAGGAGUGAUACCAAAGAUUACAACAAGACAAUAACCAUUUUAAUGAUAACUAACCCUGUGCCACAACGCUCCCUAUGACUAAUCAUUAAAAUGAUGACAUAAUUAUGUGAAUGCAUAAUGGCAAACACUGAUAUCAUUGACCAAUGACAACUUAACCCAUUGAACAACCAUAUUUUACAAAAAUACAUGGCUGCUCAUUAGCCAAAUUGUCAUUUGUAUGUUAAGUAGGCCAUUAUAAAACUUCAACAAAAUCGCUCGACUACUUUUGGAGUAAAAACCAAAAAUUACAUAUGUAAAAUGGCAGCCAUUUUUAAAAAUGGCCACCCACUAGUCCAAUUGUCAUAAGACAGUGUGCCAUACUGUAUUCACAUCUCAAAUAUGAACAAAAUCGCUCCAUUAUUUUUCAGGUUACAGCAAUCAUAAAAUAGUGUUUUAUGGUCACAAUUUUUCAGGCCAC